AUGGUUAUCCCUGCACCAGCUAGGGCGCCUGCGAUCACCAAGUUCCUCAAGCCCUAUGUUCUGAAGAUGCACUUCACAAACAACUUUGUGACGGCCCAGGUCAUCCACACCCCAUCGGCGACCAUCGCAUGCGCAGCGAGCUCACAGGAGAAGAUCCUGAGGCCAAGCAUGGAGUCGACGCGGGACGUGGGCGUGGCUGCGGCGGCCAAGAUCGGGAAGCUGCUCGGCGAGCGCCUGCUGUUCAGGGGCAUCCCCGCGGUGUCUGUCUCCAUGUCGAGAGACCAGACGUACCACGGCAAGGUCAAGGCCGUCAUCGAUUCUCUCACAGCCGCCGGCGUGAAGCUGUUGUGAACGGCGGUAGCCGAUCAUCAGUAGCUGAUUUCCACCGGCUGUUUAGUCCUUGAAGUGAAGUGCAGAUAAAUAGUGCCUUCAGGCUUAU